AUGUCCAGGAUGACGACCAGGAAUGGCGGUGUCCGUAACACGGACGCCUUGACGGGGAAUGCCCUGGAUAAGCCUAAGGAGGUGUCGGCGGUGGUUGACACUGCAGCAUCCUCGGCUGUCAAGCGUACAUCGGAUCUGUUCACGGAGGCGGAUAAGGACGCGCUUCAGCCGGGUGUGUCGGCGCAGCGAGUGCAGGAUGCUGAGCGGAGUCUGCUGGGAUCAGCGGCCUCUGGUGCAACGUCACCUCCUACGGAUGGUGUUGACAAGCCUGAGCCUGCAGAUGGUGCGGGAGGCAACAAUGUCAGCCAGGAGAAGCGUCAGGCUACGACGGCUGUCUUACCUACGGACGACGAUGAAGAGGACGACGGGUACCUUAGUGAUGACCCUGAAGAACGUUAUGAUGCAUCCGCGAAGAGAGAAGUUGUUCAGCGUGUCCGUUUCGCCAUUGUCCUGCUAAUCCCUCUUGUCUUCAAGCCGGAGGUGACGCGGGUGCAGACGACUCUACGCGCGCUCUUUGCCUUGUGGAAGAAGGAGUUGAAGUUUGAGAUUCAAGGGGAGACAAAGUUUAAGGAGCUAUCUGUGGUGUUGCUCCAUGCAAGGGUGCGGUGGGGUGCACGGCAGCUGAGAUUGUUGGCAGUGUACUUCCCGGCACAGGCUCCUCCAAGGGGCAGUUUCCUGGGAUCAGAGUUUAGCUUCUUUGCUGCAGACCUGCCAAAGGGGGAGCAGCUGGUGGUCGCGGGCGAUUUUAACAUGAUUGAGGACCCGGUGCUAGACAAAUCAAAUCUGGCUCAUCGGCGGAUCCCGAAGGGGAUCACCGAUCAUAAGAGCGGGGUCUGUGUGCGGCUGGUGUGGAGAGGCGCGCAGGAGCCCGGGCCGGGUGUCUGGCGCUUUCCGGCGAGGUUGGCAAAGCGUCCAGGGGUUAAAGCGGCGGUAGCGGAGGUGGUCCAGAGACAUGAAGCCGAGGGGGGUGCUGAUUUCGACAAGUUAUCCAGGCGCCUGGGUGCCCGUCUACGGAAGUACGACAAGGAGGAGAGAGGGCGGGUCAAAAGAACACGGCAAACAUUGGAACGUCAAGUGAGCGCACUGCAACAGAAAGUGAUGGCUGACCCGAGUGAUGAUGAGUUACAAGCGGUGCUGACGAGCAGGGAGGCGAUGCUGGAAAGGUACUGGGACAGUCGGAGGGAUUUCCCGCAAACAAGAACGGGGUUGAAGGUACAGCUCAACGGUGAAGCGCCAACCGCUCUCUUGUCAGCGAUGGUCAAGAGCAGAAAAGCAAGGACGGGGAUCAAGGAGUUGGUGCGGAAUGGCGUCAGCCAUACAGAAGCCAAAGAGAUACUGGCAGCGGCCACGGGCCACUUCGCGGAGGCGUUUGGUGAGCAGUCGGGGAACGACGGGGCAGAGCCGGUGUUGGAUUGGACUCUGCGCAGGGUACUGGAGGAGGCAUCUGCUGAAGCUAUAUCAAGGGAUUGGACGGAGGCAGAGGUCAAACAAGCAACAGGGGAGUUGGCCAACGGCAAGUCGCCAGGCUGUGAUGGGAUUCCUAAGGAGCUGUUCCAGCACCAGUGGGAGUUGCUAAGGAAGCCGGUGAUGAGCAUGGUAGAGGAGUUCGUGUCAUCAGGGAAGCUACCGGAGGUGGCGAAUGAAGCUGUUACGAUCGUGCUAUACAAGAAGGGGGAGGAGACAGAUGUCAGAAAUUACAGACCAAUCACGCUCCUAACUAGCGUGUACAAGAUUCUAGCUAAGGUGGUGGCGACCAGGAUGAAAGCGGUGCUUGACCAAGUGAUUUCGAAGGAGCAGUUUGGGUUUUUACCAGGCAGGAGACUUACAGAUGUAGUGUCGCUGGUGGCCGAUUUGAUUGAGACGGCCAAGAACGAAGACAGUGACUGGUAUUUGCUCCUCAUCGAUUUCGAGAAAGCGUACGAUUCAGUACAGAGGGGUUUCAUGCUGGAGACGAUUGCCAAGCUCGGUUUCCCCCCGCGUUUUGUGGGCUGGAUCGAGACCCUGCACAGAGACUUACACACGAGGCUGUGCAUUAAUGGAUGGACUGGGGAGCAGAUUCAGAUGCGGAAGGGGGUGCGGCAAGGGUGCCCGCUUGCACCUUACCUGUUUCUGUGCGCGGUGGAGCCGCUUAGUCGCUUGGUUGAGAAGAGGGAGCUGGGACUUGGAGAGAAGGGCUGUGAAAGACUCGCGUACGUGGGUUACGCAGACGACACCACGCUACUGCUGGAAGGAGAGGCACAAUUAGCGGCGGCGGGCCCGGUGCUCCAAGGGUUUGCAGCCGUGUCGGGGCUGAAGGUGAACACCGGGAAGUCUGUUGUGCUGCCGCUGGGGAAGAACGUGGGGGAGCCGGCGCCGGCUGGCGCAGGUGUAUCCUCCGGAUGA